UAUAGAACGGUCAAAAUCGGAGCCUAUAAGCUGCUGUUUUGUCGUUUUCUUCACAGACGGGAUGGCGAUGGGACGGCAAGUGCUGUUGAUUUUGUCUCUUUUCUCUUUCAGUAUAGUGCACGGGCAAGUCAGCUACUCCAUUCCGGAGGAAAUGACAAAAGGUGCUCUAAUAGGCAAUAUAGCCCAGGAUUUAGGUUUGAAUGUGGAAAGACUUAAGUCUGGUAAAGCUCGUAUUUAUACCGGUAACACUGAAGAAUAUAUAGAGCUGAAGAGAGAAAGAGGAGUCCUCUUAUGUAAAGACAGAAUUGACAGAGAAUAUCUGUGCGGUCAAACAAUGCCUUGCGCACUCCAUUUUCAAGUGAUCCUGGAAAACCCGAUGGAAAUCCACCCUGUGAAAAUAUUGAUCCAGGACCAGAACGACAACCCUCCACAGGUCCUGUACCCAGUCCAGACUGGUGGCUCUCUGGUGGCUGAGAUGGUUCCUCGUUCUGCAGAUGUGGGCUAUCUGGUCACUAAAGUGGUGGCUGUUGAUGUGGACUCUGGACAGAAUGCCUGGCUCUCCUAUAAACUGCAGAAAGCCACAGACAGGGCGCUGUUUGAAGUGGGCUUACAGAAUGGAGAAAUAAGGACUAUCCGCCAGGUGACUGAUAAAGAUGCGGUGAAACAAAGACUGACUGUUAUAGUGGAGGACAACGGGCAGCCCUCUCGUUCAGCUACAGUCAUUGUUAACGUGGUGGUGGCGGACAGCUUCCCGGAAGUGCUGUCUGAGUUAACUGACUUUACACAGGACAAGGAGUACAAUGACAACCUGACGUUUUACUUGGUGCUGGCUUUGGCUGUAGUGUCCUUCCUCUUCAUCACGUGUUUAGUGGUUAUUAUAUCCGUGAAGAUCUACAGGUGGAGACAGUCUCGCAUCCGGUAUCACUCCAAUCUCCCUGUGAUUCCAUAUUAUCCUCCACGUUACUCAGACACUUUGGGGACAGGGACUCUCCAACACGUGUACAAUUACGAGGUGUGCAGGACCACUGACUCCAGAAAGAGUGACUGUAAGCUCGGCAGAGUCGGUAGUCAGAACGUUCUGAUAAUGGACCCCAGUUCUACAGGGACGAUGCAGCGGAUACAGAGUGAAAAGAGCAUCCUGGAUGAACCUGACUCUCCCCUAGAGCACCAUAUUGUGGACAGCUUCUCUUUUUCUGAGGAGUGA